GACGUCACAGCGGCAGAGGGCGCAGGCGAUCUUGUCUACCCCGGCCGGUCGACUGUUGGCCGUUCCGCUCGGACCUCGGCUCUGGCCCUGGCCCUGGCACCGCGAUGGGAACUGUUCCCUGGGGGCUGAGCUUGUCAGCAUCCUUGACCUGCUGUUGCCCCUGAAGUCAGAGAAGAGACCCUUCGGACCCACACACCCCUGCCCCGUUUUGGGGUCGUGUCCGUGUAUCCGGUCUUCUGCCCGAGCAGCGGCCUAGUUCGACAAAGAAAAAAAGGAGCAGAGCAGAACGAUGAUACUGGCGUCUGUGCUGGGAAGUGGUCCCCGGAGUGGGCCUCCACUCCGCCCCUUACUGGGGCCUGCACUGUCGCUCCGGGUCCGCUCCACAUCAGCCACCGAUACACACCACGUGGAGCUGGCGCGGGAGCGCUCCAAGACUGUCACCUCCUUUUACAACCAGUCGGCCAUCGAUGUGGCAGCAGAGAAGCCCUCAGUCCGCCUCACUCCGACUAUGAUGCUCUAUUCAGGCCGCUCUCAGGAUGGCAGCCACCUUCUGAAAAGUGCCCGGUAUUUGCAGCAAGAGUUGCCAGUGAGGAUUGCUCACCGCAUCAAGGGCUUCCGUAGCCUUCCUUUUAUCAUUGGCUGCAACCCCACCAUAUUGCACGUGCACGAGUUGUACAUCCGUGCGUUCCAGAAGCUGACAGACUUCCCUCCGAUCAAGGACCAGGCGGACGAGGCCCAGUACUGCCAGCUGGUGCGACAGCUGCUGGAUGACCACAAGGAUGUGGUGACCCUCUUAGCUGAGGGCCUACGUGAGAGCCGGAAGCACAUAGAGGACGAGAAGCUCGUCCGCUACUUCUUGGACAAGACACUGACUUCAAGGCUUGGGAUCCGCAUGUUGGCCACACAUCAUCUGGCACUGCAUGAGGACAAGCCCGACUUUGUUGGCAUCAUCUGCACUCGCCUGUCUCCAAAGAAGAUUAUUGAAAAGUGGGUGGACUUUGCCAGACGCCUGUGUGAGCACAAGUAUGGCAAUGCCCCCCGCGUCCGCAUCAAUGGACACGUGGCUGCCCGCUUCCCCUUCAUCCCCAUGCCACUGGACUACAUCCUGCCUGAGCUCCUCAAGAACGCCAUGAGAGCCACGAUGGAGAGUCACCUGGAUACUCCCUACAAUGUCCCAGAUGUGGUCAUCACCAUCGCCAACAAUGAUAUUGAUCUCGUCAUCAGGAUUUCAGACCGGGGCGGGGGAAUCGCUCACAAAGACCUGGAUCGGGUUAUGGACUACCACUUCACUACAGCUGAGGCCAGCACCCAGGACCCUCGGAUCAGCCCCCUUUUUGGUCACCUGGACAUGCACAGUGGCGGCCAGUCAGGGCCCAUGCACGGCUUCGGCUUCGGGCUGCCCACCUCACGGGCCUACGCGGAAUACCUCGGUGGCUCCCUCCGGCUGCAGUCCCUGCAGGGCAUUGGCACAGAUGUCUACUUGCGGCUCCGUCACAUUGAUGGCCGAGAGGAAAGCUUCCGCAUCUGACCCCACAGCCCGGGGCCUGCUUGCCUGCCUGGCCUGGGCUGCACACCCUGCCGGGACCUUCUGGGUGAGGCAGGGUGUCGCCCUGCUCCACAUGCUGCUGCAUCUGGGGUCUUAGGGCCCCAAAUAUAUGGAAUUACAUGGAGCCCGGUGCUGCUGCCUCCCUGCCUCCAGGCCUUGGAGGGCAGGAAGUGGGGACCCUUGAGGCCUCCAGCACCAGCUCCGUUAUUCUCGUUCCUGGGGAACCCCCACCUUGACUGCUGUUUGUUAUUAAAGUUCACAUUUUGAAUGCCC